AAGGAUGACGGCGGCGGAGUGUUUCGAUUCCCCUACUGGUCUUCCGCCGCCGUAUGCGACCACCGCCGGAAGCCGUGUGCGACGCCUGUGUCGGCUGUUCGAGUGACUCCCGUCGAGCAUGAAGACUGAUAAACAACAUCUGCCUCAAGAUUUGAUAACUGAAAUCCUGUUGAGGUUGCCGGUGAAGUCUCUUGUACGCUUCAAGGCUGUGUGCAAGUUUUGGCGGUCUCUGAUAUCCGAUCCCCACUUUGCAAGAACACAUUUUGAACUUGCUGCCCCGAGAUUUGUGUUCAAUACCUUUCAUGGUAUUCGAACCAUGGACUUAGAUGGACCGCUUAGCUCUAAUCCUCUUUCUGGGGCAAUAAAUAUUGACUUUUUGCCUACAAGUAUUGUUAUUGUAGGUUCAUGUAGAGGCUUUCUGCUGUUGUUGGACAGUAUUGGAAGCCUCUACCUGUGGAAUCCAGCCACACGCGUCUACAAACCAAUACCUUCACCUACUUACAAUGUUUUUUCUUGUCUAUAUGGUUUUGGGUAUGAUUCAUCAAAAGAUGAUUACUUGGUGGUUCUAGUGUAUCAACCAAAAUCCUCACCUCGAUUACAUGUGCAGUUCUUCUCAUUGAGAGAUAAUAUGUGGAAAUAUGUUGGGGGUGGUAGUGGUACCGAUUUGCCUAGCUUGAACCUCUCCUGUAAUGUCAAUGUCAAAGCUGGGUUGCUCUUCAACGAGACCAUUCACUGGUUGGCUUAUGAUCAUGAUAGAUUACUGAAUGUUAUUAUUGCCUUUGAUUUAACGGAGAAGAGACUUCUAGAGAUUCCCCAACCAGAUGAUCUUGCUUGUGACCUUUCAUAUUGUAAUUUGUGGGUGCACGGAAGAUUUUUGAGUCUAUCGGUUAGCAGGUUUUAUACAAUUGAAAUAUGGGUUAUGGAAAAAUACAAAGUACACUCUUCUUGGACCAAGACCAUUGUUCUCUCUUUGAGUCACAUUUUCCCUGUAUGCUCUACAAAAAGUGGGAAUAUUGUUAUGGAUGAUGCAACAAAUCUGCUGAAGUUUACUGAUAAAGGAGAAUACCUAGAGCAUUGCGCGUAUCCUGGUCUUCUAGAAUCCCAGGUGCCCAUGUAUACAGAGUCUAUCCUUUCACUCCCCGGUGUUAGUGAGUAACAAAUGAGAAUGAUAUCAUUUGUGUUGUAAAUCUUGUGACAUUUUGAUGUGUUGAACUAUGAGAAUGAUAUAAUUUGUGUUGUAAAUCUUGUGAUAUUAUGAUGUAUUGAACUAUGAGAAGUGAUAUAGGACAGAAUAAUGAAAAUGCUUUGAAACAGAAUUAGACUCA